AUGGUUCGAGGACACAACCGGCCCUGCGACGCCUCUAAGUCACAGGAGCUGUCGAUCGGGUCCCUUCGAAGCCUAAAAGUCCAGCGAGCCAACACUGUGACGGGUCACAUUUUUCCGAGUGGCGAUUCACAUGACGAGAAGACUUCAAGCCAACUCCAGGCUAGUCUGGAGUUACAAGUCAUGCAAGCAAACUUUGUGGGCCAAAUGUGCUCGCGGUCGUCGGAAGUCGUUAGUCGCAGCCACGCUAACCGUAUGUUUGCAUAUUUGGUCAUUCGCGAAGACGCGAACUGGUCGGACGUCUUUCGGCUCAUCCCGGGACAGACGGUCACUAUCGGUCGUGCGCCGACCAACCAGGUGGUGGUCAAAGACGAACGAUGUAGUCGUGCCCAUGCCGAAAUCUUCAUGGCCGACGGGCAAUGGACUCUGCGCGACUUGGACAGCCGCAACGGCACGGCGGUCGGUAACCGGCUGGUGAACGAGGAUUAUCACCUCAAAGCUGGCGACGUUAUCCGCAUCGGCCGCUCCCGCAUCGACUUCGUACACGAUUUGAGUCAUGUCACUCGCGACGGGGCCAGUAAGGAAGUCGAUGUUUCGACCAAGCCCGUGACUGACGAAGUGCCAGAUCCCUCGGGCGACGACUCGCAUGUGUUUGGAGCACAAGAGGCGGCCACGAUAACGCACCGUCGCGGACAGACGCGACUCUUGCGGCCGGCAGCCGAUGAUGCUGACAGUGGAUCGUCCUCGAGGCUAGGCCCAGCAGCGGCAAAGCUGGCAAGGUUGGCUUUUGAACUUGCCCAGGCGGUAGAUAUCGAGUCGAUUGCCAAGAUUGCUCUCGAUGGGUUGUUCUCGGGAACCCCGGUCGAUGGCGGAGCUAUUCUGCUUUCACCUAAUGAAGAUGAGAAAGAGACCACAUCAAACGAUUUAAAAGUCGUAGCUUCGCGAUCGGAUGGUAAGAAACAGUAUUACCGCGUUUCACCCUUCUUGGUAUCCACGGCACUGCGAGAUGGUGAAGCCGUGCUGGCCCGCAAUGUGAUGGGCGACAGUACCUUGGCUCGCCGCGAUAGCCAGGGGCACAUUCACGCCACGAGCGUGAUCUGCGCACCGAUUCGCUGCGAAGGUACUCCCGUCGGCAUCAUGCAUCUUUAUUCCAGCGAUGAAGAACGUGUGAUUGAGCCGGACGAUUUGGAGUUUGCCUUGGCGGUGGCAGACACCGUUGGUGUGGCGUUGGUCAAUCUGCGUGGCCGGGAGAAACUAAGCGAGAACCUCAUCAAGGUGCGCGACGAAAACCUGCAACUGCGUGAGCAAUUGCAGGUGCAGAGCGAAAUCGUCGGUACAAGCGCCGUGGCUCGCCGACUGAAUGAGCAAAUUGCGAGGGUCGCUCCUAGCAAUGCCACCGUACUGGUUCGCGGUGAGAGUGGGGUUGGUAAAGAGUUGGUUGCCCGAGCGGUGCACUUUUCGAGUCGUCGCAAAGACGAGUCGUUCAUCUGCUUGAAUUGUGCGGCGUUAUCUGAGACGUUGCUCGAGAGCGAACUGUUUGGGCAUGAAAAAGGGGCGUUUACGGGGGCUACCGAACGGAAGAUUGGGAAGUUCGAAGCUGCCGAUAAAGGCACUUUGAUGCUGGACGAAAUCGGGGAGAUGAGCCCGGCUAUUCAAGCGAAGUUCCUUCGUGUGCUGGAAGGGCAUCCCUUCGAGCGGGUUGGCGGUAGUACGGCCGUCAGCGUCGAUGUUCGCGUGAUUGCCGCCACGAAUCGCGACUUGGAGAAGGAAGUGGCGGCUGGGAAUUUUCGCCGCGACUUGUUCUUCCGGCUUCAUGUGCUUGAAAUCCUAGUUCCUCCGUUACGAAAACGGGCCGAUGACAUUCCUGAGCUGGCCCUGUACUUCCUGAAGAAAUUCAAUCUCGGCGGGAGUCGUCGUAUUCUCGGGUUCACGCCCUCGGCGAUGGAACAAAUGCAGCGGUAUCGCUGGCCGGGUAAUGUCCGUGAGCUGCGAAAUGUAAUUGAACGGGCUUGUGCACUUUCGGAUAGCGAUUACAUCGACGAGCCGGACUUGAUGCUUACGAAGUUGGCCACCUCGGGCGACACUUCGGAAAUGAACAUCGACGGGAUGUACAAACCGGAGUCUUUGUCUGAAGUCGAGCGGAGGCACAUCCUGGCCACAUUGAACGCGACCCAUUGGAAUAAAAGUCAGGCGGCGCAGAUCCUCGGCAUCGAACGAUCAACCCUGGACCGCAAAAUUCGUCGCUACGAUUUGGCGAAGCGGUCGGAGACCUCUACACGGUAG